AAAGCAGAGUGUAGUUUACUCAGCAAUGGCGAGAGACUUCAAGCUCAUCUUCUCCAUUUCUCUUUUGCUUCUGCUUCUUGACUAUUGCUACGGUGGCAAGGUCGGAGUUUGUUACGGAAGAAGCGCCGACGAUCUUCCAACACCGGCAAAAGUUGUUCAAUUGAUUCAACAGCACAACAUCAAAUACGUUAGAAUCUAUGAUUACAAUUCUCAAGUCCUCAAAGCAUUUGGAAACACAAGCAUUGAGCUUAUGAUUGGAGUUCCAAACUCUGAUCUUAACGCUUUCUCUCAAUCCCAAUCAAAUGUAGACACCUGGCUAAAGAACAGCGUGUUACCAUACUAUCCAACGACCAAGAUUACUUACAUUACCGUUGGAGCUGAAUCUACUGAUGAUCCACACAUCAAUGCUUCAUCUUUCGUUGUCCCCGCGAUGCAGAAUGUCUUAACCGGUCUGAGGAAAGUCGGUUUGAGUAGAAGAAUCAAGGUUUCGACGACUCUUUCGCUCGGGAUUCUCUCUAGAUCUUUCCCUCCUUCUGCUGGAGCAUUUAACAGCAGCUAUGCUUAUUUCUUGAGACCAAUGUUAGAGUUCCUUGCAGAGAAUAAGUCUCCUUUUAUGAUCGAUCUUUAUCCGUAUUACGCUUAUAGAGACUCUCCAAACAAUGUGUCUUUGGAUUAUGUGUUGUUUGAGUCUUCCUCUGAAGUGAUUGACCCGAACACGGGUUUGCUUUACAAGAACAUGUUUGAUGCUCAAGUUGAUGCUCUCUAUUACGCUCUCACGGCUUUAAACUUCAGGACAAUCAAGAUUAUGGUUACCGAGACUGGAUGGCCAACCAAAGGUUCACCGAAGGAGAAAGCUGCUGCGUCUCCUGACAAUGCGGAGACAUACAAUUCAAACAUAAUCCGUCAUGUGGUUACCAACCAAGGCACACCUGCAAAGCCAGGAGAGGCAAUGAACGUUUAUAUAUUCUCAUUGUUCAACGAGAAUCGGAAAACGGGUUUAGAUUCAGAGAGAAACUGGGGAUUGUUCUACCCUGACCAGACAAGCGUUUAUCAGUUGGAUUUCACGGGAAAGAGCAACGGGUUUCACUCGAAUUCGAGUGGUACAAACUCGAGUGGGAGUAGUAAUAGCUGGUGCAUUGCUUCUUCUAAAGCUUCAGAGAGAGAUCUGAAAGGUGCUUUGGAUUGGGCUUGUGGUCCUGGAAAUGUUGAUUGCACAGCUAUUCAACCGAGCCAGCCUUGUUUCCAACCAGAUACUUUGGUUUCUCAUGCUUCUUUCGUGUUCAAUAGCUAUUUCCAGCAGAAUAGAGCUACAGACGUCGCUUGUAGCUUUGGAGGAGCUGGUGUUAAGGUCAACAAGGAUCCUAGUUAUGACAAAUGCAUAUACAUAACUGCAGGAGGGAACAAAACCAAGGCGACGAAUGCAACUGCAUUGACCUCCUCUGCUUCAACUAAAAGUGGAAACGAACUACUCCGAUGGAUUUUGAAACUCUGUCUCAUGAUCUCGUUGUUCUUCAGUUUGCACUCUAUGAAUUCACAGCCACUGUAACCGGAAUCUGAAAGAAAUGUAGCAAUAGCAAGAAAAAGCAAAAUUUGUUCCUGAAUAGUUUGGUCUAGAAAUUGUGACAGUCUGAGAUUUUGUCUUUCUUCCUGCAGUGGAAUCAUUGUACAGACAUUCUAUCUGAAAACUUGUCUAAAAUCAAUUGUGAUCUGAAUC